CGUCAUCACGUCGCUGGAACCUUCAGCUGUCAGACUUUGGCCACCCUAAAAGUGCAGGUUUUGUUAGCAAACUAACUCGAACUGUACGGCCCGCGUCUGUUUUAUUUAAAGUUGUGCAUUCUUUCGCUAAUCGAUCUUUGAACGUGCGAACUGGUGAUCGAAGCACUAAAACCGCACGAAGACGACACAGUUAGUUUUAAUCGCUGCUAGUUUUUGCAGAAGCCAGCGAUCCUGAGCGGUGUAAGGCUAGAUGCAGGGAGGGAGGGAGUAAAAAAAGGCAAAAGUCUUUGUGCUUCCCUUCCCCCUCAUCAAAGCAAAGGGGAAAUGUCUCUGUCCAAAGGAGGGAAGAAGAAGAACCCUGGGCUGAAGCUGGCCAAAGAAGUAUUUGCGCAGCCCACACCAGCAGCAGCAGCACCCCCUCGGGAUCUUGACUCGAAAGCUUGUGUCACAAUUGGAGAUCAGAACUUUGUGGUGAAGGCUGAUGACUUGGAGCAGAUUGCAGAGCUGGGGAGGGGAGCGUACGGGGUGGUGGACAUGAUGAAACAUGUGCCCAGUGGUGUUAUCAUGGCUGUCAAGAGGAUUCGUGCCACAGUCAACACUCUGGAGCAAAAGAGACUCCUGAUGGACCUGGACAUUUCCAUGAGGACAGUGGACUGCUUCUUCACUGUUACCUUCUAUGGCGCCCUCUUCAGAGAGGGUGAUGUUUGGAUCUGUAUGGAGCUGAUGGACACGUCUCUGGAUAAAUUCUAUAAGAAGGUUAUUGAGAAAGGGAAAACCAUCCCCGAGGACAUCUUGGGCAAGAUCACCAUAGCAAUCGUGAAGGCAUUAGAGCAUCUACACAGUAAUCUAUCAGUGAUUCACAGAGAUGUGAAGCCUUCCAAUGUUCUGAUCAACACUCAGGGCCAAGUGAAAAUGUGUGACUUUGGCAUCAGUGGCCACCUGGUGGACUCUGUGGCUAAAACAAUGGAUGCAGGCUGCAAGCCCUACAUGGCGCCCGAGCGGAUCAACCCCGACCUCAACCAGAAAGGCUACAGCGUCAAGUCAGACAUAUGGAGUCUGGGUAUCACGAUGAUCGAGUUGGCCAUUUUGAAAUUCCCCUACGACUCAUGGGGCACCCCGUUCCAGCAGCUCAAACAGGUGGUGGAUGAGCCGUCCCCGCAGCUGCCUGCUGACCGUUUCUCCCCAGAGUUUGUAGACUUCAUCUCCCAGUGCUUAAGAAAGAAGCCAAAUGAAAGACCAGCUUAUACAGAAUUAAUGCAACAUCCAUUUUUCACCCUGCAUGACUCGAAAGAGACAGACGUGGCCAGUUUUGUCAAGGUCAUCCUGGAAGACUGAUGGGUUCCCUCCAGACUCCACCAUGUCAGGGUAGGCGGGGACCUCUCAGCAAAACGCACCAAUGGCCUACCGUUUUUAAAACUCACUGGAAUGACAGACUUUCAUGCACCCACACACAAACACCAGGGGGGGGAGGGAGGGGGGGAGGGGAGUUACCCAAAGACUGAUGGCAGCCCAGCAGCACUGAAGUGGGAGAGUGGUGGUGGUGAUAUGAACAGUCCAAAACCCAACUGGAGAGGUUUAAUUCACUCCUCCAAGCUUCCUGUGUGUGCAGUUAUUCAACAUGAGAAAUAUGAACUGAUCGAUUUGUUGUUUUUCUUUGUCUUGUUCUUCGUUUGUUUUUUGCCCCACUGCCCUUUUUCUUCCUCUCUCUUUUCUGAACGGACAGAGCCAGCCAUUAUUACUUUGUGACACAUAUUGUAUGAAUACUUUGAAUUUCAUCUGCAAAACCAACAGUUAAUGUGUAUGUUGUGUGCUGAAAGCUAUAUUUGCAUAUCCGUUUGUAUGUUUUCUUUUUUCUCAUUACACAGAGUUUUGAUACUGUACAAGUGUGAAUUUUACCAGACUUGGGCCUUUUUUUUGUCGCAUCGUGUCAGGUGAAGAGUUCUGCCCUGCGGUGAUUAUUCUGUGCAGGGACUGCAGUUGUCAGGGGCAUGGGGGCGGCGUGGACGGGGCCGAAGGAGGCUCCAGAACUGAGACAAAACACAUAUGAAAUGUCAAAAGGUCACAGUCUGGACUGGAGGAGUUAGAAGUCAUCCCUAGAUCUCUUGGCGGCAUGCGAGGCAGGAAUGUAUGGGCGUCAUCUGAACCGGCACCCAUCCGAGCUGAAACCCUUCAUGCGGUGACCCCCAAGUGUACUCUUCUUCUUCUUUCUCGAGUAUUAAAGAGUCUGAUUCAGUGCUGCCAUUGUUGCUACCUGGAAGUAUUCAGGGGUUGCUGAAUCAAGCUUACAGCUUUAUCUCUUUCUGUGUGCCAUUUUGCAAUUCGUUGUCAUGAAUUACUGCAUUAAUUGUGUUUUUUCUCUCUUUUUUUUCCAUUGGACUUGUUUUGCCCUGAAUUUUGAUUUAAUUUAAGCAACAUUUAAACUUUUUUUUUUUUUUUUUCCUCCUCACUAGGUCUGCCUUUCUCAAUUCUGGAGUCAGAAUAGUCUUUUCAUAGGAGGCACUUGUGUUGUUUUUUUCCCCCCUAGAGUCCUUGUUAUGCAUUACACAAACAGUAUGUUAGGGAAAUAAUUUAUGUUUUGAGGAUGUAAAUACUAUCUCUUUUCUUUUUUUUUUUAAUGUAACAUGGCACUGUCCCAUCCUGGAAGUGCUGAUGAGUGGUAGAGUGGUUGGUAUUAGUCGGUUUUAAUGCAGUGUGACACACAUACACACACACACACACACACACUCGCAGGGCCAGCUGACUAUCGUACACCUAUUUUGGACUGAUGUGCUGUCAGGCUCCACCGCUCAGGUUUCUGUGCUCUCCUUAAUGUGGAGACGACACCGUUUAUUUUUCCCGAGGUCAUAUUCUCCUUGAGUGCCGGACCGAGAGCUUCUUUUCAGUCCGUGGUGGGCAGCCGGUAUCUCUUCUGUCUGACCGUACUAUGCAGAGCGUCUUUGCCUUGGACCCACAGCAAGAGGCCCCUGCCAUGUGGCAGUUUCCCCACUCCCAAGUGUUCAGAGACUGUGAUGAUGAUGAUGAUGGUGACGAUAGUGAUGAUGACUGCCAUGCCGCCAUUCGUGGCUGGCGUUCAUUGCCUUUCUGGUUUACACUGUAGUGCAACCUUUAUCAAAAGUCAGUGAGUUAGGAGUAUUUAUGAUUGUGAAUAAUAAGGGAAAGCUAGCAACACCACAAAGAAGCUGCUGUUAUUUCUUUUUGUUUUUAGUUCUCUUUUUUUUUUUUUAGUCGGCCUUCUUUGGAUGGCCAUUCCCUUGGUGUGUAAAAAGUGACUUUUUACACUGAUCACAAUGAGAAUGGAACACUUGCUCUACCUCUUACUCCUUCACUCUAUUUGCCACCUUUUCAUUGGGUGGGACUGACAAACUUGAACUAUGGAAAGACAAAAAAAUAAAGGCUUUAUUGUUCAGUAUGUCCGUUUAUAACUUGCCCUUUGUGAUUGCUGCAGGUUUAGAAAUGAAAUAUUAUGUUCAUGGGUAAAACACAGAUUACAACACUGCCAAAGUUUAAAGGGUAAGUUUGAAAAUACCAAAACCAAAAAACUCAUACUCGACUCAUACUAAUAUAUUAUUGGGUGUAUAGAUAGUGUGAUGUACAUUCAUCAUUUGUUACAAAAACUAUUAAAAACACAUCAAAUAUCCACAUCGCUG